ACCUCCCGUCUCACCAUGGAGCUCUUCCUCUACGCAACGUACGCCCUCCUCCUCGUCUUCUCUCUGUACGUCCUCCGCCACUUCGCCGGCGCCCGCCGCAACCUGCCGCCGGGUCCCCCAUCAUGGCCUCUCAUCGGAAACCUCCUCGACCUCGGCGCCCAGCCGCACCGCUCCCUCGCGCGCCUCGCGGAGCGCCACGGCCCGCUCAUGACGCUCCGCCUCGGCGCCCUCACCACCGUGAUCGCCUCCACCGCGGACACCGCCCGCGACGUCCUCCAGCGCCACGACGCCGCCUUCUCCGCGCGCUCCGUGUCCGACGCCGCCCGCGCGUGCGCCUACGACAGCCUCUCCAUGGGCUGGCUCCCGCCCAGCAGCCCCCACUGGCGCGCCCUCCGCAAGCUCUGCUCGGGGGAGCUCUUCGCGCCGCACCGCCUCGACGCGCACCAGUCCAUCCGCCGCGAGAAGGUGCAGCAGCUCGUGUCCCACGUCGCCCGGCUGUCGCGGGAGGGCGCGGCCGUGGACGUCAGCCGCGUCGUUUUCACCACCGCGCUGAACCUGCUCUCCUGCACCAUAUUCUCAGCCGACAUCGCCGACCUCGACGACAGAGAAGGAACGGGGCAGUUCAGGGCCGUGAUCGCGAGCUUCACGGAGGUCGUCGGCCUGCCCAACCUGUCGGACUUCUUCCCUGCUGUCGCGCCGCUCGACCCACAGCGGCUGAGGAAGCGCCUCGCCGCGGUGUUCAUGCGGCUGCAUGCCAUAUUCGAUGAGCAGAUCGAGAGGCGCAUGCGGCAGCGCACCGCCGGCGAGCCGCCCAAGGAUGAUUUCCUGGACGUGUUGCUGGACUACCGCGGCCUGGAGGAUGGCCGGGGACUCGAUCGGGAGAUGCUGCGCGCACUACUUGCGGAUUUGUUUAUAGCUGGAAGUGAUACAAGUGCAACAACCUUUGAGUGGGCAAUGGCUGAGCUGCUACAAAACCCAUCAGCCAUGGCAAAAACUCGUGAAGAACUUGCACAAGUGAUUGGCUCCAAAUCAGAAAUCGAGGAAUCAGACAUUUGCCGACUCGAGUACCUCCAGGCUGUGGUGAAAGAAGUGUUCCGCCUUCACCCUCCCGCUCCAUUCUUGAUACCCCGCCAAGCCGAAGCGACCACACAGGAUUUGUUUAUAGCUGGAAGCGAUACAAGUGCAACAACCUUCGAGUGGGCAAUGGCUGAGUUGCUACAAAACCCAUCAGCCAUGGCGAAAGCUCGUGAACAACUAGCGCAGGUGAUUGGCUCCAAAUCAGAAAUCGAGGAAUCGAACAUUGGCCAGCUCGAGUACAUCCAGGCCAUUGUGAAAGAGGUGUUCCGCUUGCACCUUCCCGCUCCAUUCCUUAUACCCCGCCAAGCCGAAGCGACCACGGAGCUAAGAGGUUACAUAGUGCCCAAGGACGCGCGCGUGAUGGUGAACGUCUGGGCGAUUGGCCGAGACAGCAAGUUGUAUCGGUUUGAACCAGAGAGGUUCUUGCCGGAGAGGUUCUUGAGGAAAGACAUGGAUUACCGAGGCUGAGCUUUUGAGCUCCUUUUGUUUGUUUCUGGCAGACGGAUCUGCCCGGUGAUGCCGCUAGCUGUGCGCAUGGUGCAUCUAAUGCUUGCGGCACUGCUGUAUCGGUUUGAGUGGAGGCUUCCAAGAGAAGUGGAGGAAAAUGGGGUGGACAUGGGGGAGAACUUUGGGAUUCUGCUAGCAUUGGCCACCCCUCUCCAGGCCAUAGCUGAAACAAUGUAACUCAAACGGCUAUUGGCAUUCCGGUACUUUGAAUUCCAUGGAGCAUGGAGUCCCUGCACUGAGAGAAUCGAGAACCAACAUCUUCAACCAA